GAAUAUCUCAGAAGGACAUGUAAUGUUAUCCCCGGAUUGUGACAUAAAAGAUAAUGACAGUAGACAGGAUUCUCCAGGAGAUAAUCCCAUUACACCAAUUAUACAUCCAGCUCUAUCAGCUGGUCCCUCUGAUCCUGGGAAAUGUUCUCCUGAUCACUCUGAUAUUGGUGCCUCUGUUACAGCUCUGAGAGUAGAUACAGUGUUUCCCUGUUCUAUAGAUGCCAAAUGUUUUACACAGAACACAAACCUUAUUACCCAUCAGCCAGCUAAGGCAGGUGAGAGGCCACUGAUAUGUUCUGAGUGUGGGAAAUGUUUUACAUACAAAUCAGGUCUUGUUACACAUGAGAGAAUACAUACAGGUGAGAAACCAUAUUCCUGUUCUGAGUGUGGGAAAUGUUUUACCCAGAAAUCACAACUUAUUACACAUCAGCGAAGUCACACAUGUGAAAGGCCAUUUCCAUGUCCUGAGUGUGGGAAAUGUUUUGCACAUAAAUCAGAUCUUGUUAGUCAUAACAGAAAUCACACAGGUGAGAAGCCAUUUUCAUGUUCUGAGUGUGGGAAAUGUUUUACCUGGAAAUCACAACUUGUUACACAUCUGCGAAGUCACACAGGUGAAAAUCCAUUUCCAUGUUCUGAGUGUGGGAAAUGUUUUACAUAUAAAUCACAACUUGUAAUACAUAAGAGAAUACAUACAGGUGAGAAACCAUAUUCCUGUUCUGAGUGUGGGAACUGUUUUACAUACAAAUCAACUCUUGAUGCACAUAAGAGAAGUCACACAGGUACAUCACCAUUUCCAUGUUCUGAGUGUGGGAAAUAUUUUGCACAGAAAUCACAACUUGCUAGACAUCAGAGAAGUCACACAGGUGAGAAGCCAUUUCCAUGUCCUGAGUGUGGUAAAUGUUUUGCACAAAAUUCAGAUCUUGUUAGUCAUAACAGAAGUCACACAGGCGAGAAUCCAAUUUCUUGCUCUGAGUGUGGGAAAUGUUUGGCAAACAAAUCAGAUCUUGUUAAACAUAAGAGAAGUCACACAGGUGAGAAGCCAUUUCCAUGUACUGAGUGUGGUAAAUGUUUUGCACAAAAAUCAGAUCUUGUUAGUCAUAACAGAAGUCACACAGGUGAGAAUCCAAUUUCCUGCUCUGAGUGUGGGAAAUGUUUUGCCCGGAAAUCACAACUUGUUAUACAUCACAGAAGUCACACAGGUGAGAAGCCAUUUUCUUGCUCUGAUUGUGGGAAAUGUUUUGCCCGGAAAUCAGAUAUUGUUAGACAUCAGCGAAGUCACACAGGUGCGAGGCCAUUUCCAUGUUCUGACUGUGGAAAAUGUUUUGCACACAAAUCACAUCUUGUUAUUCAUCAGAGAAAUCACACAGGUGAGAAGCCUUUUUCUUGCUCUGAGUGCACGAAAAGUUAUACUCAGAAAUCAGAACUUGUUACACAUCAGAGAAGUCACACAGGUGAGAAGCCAUUUCCAUGUCCUGAGUGUGGGAAAUGUUUUGCACACAAAAGAGAUCUUUUUAAACAUGAGAAAAGUCACACAGGUGAGAAGCCAUUUUCUUGCUCUGAGUGUGGGAAAUGUUUUGCACUCAAAUCAGCUCUUGUUAUACAUCACAGAAGUCACACAGGUGAGAAGCCAUUUUCUUGC